AUGACUGAGUUAUUGCGCUCUGCAACAGCCAGAUGUCCGCCUCCUCGGCAGGCCCGAGGGACGAGGCUUAAUACCAUAAUUGAGGAUUCUCGUGAGGGGGAAUACUCGGAAACACCGCGUUACCGAGAGGCUCGCCCAAACAAGAAUGCUUCUCAGCCACAGUUAAAAUUGAAGACCAGUGGUCUGGCGCUGGCGUCUAGACUAAACCGCCUGCUGUCUCCCUUAUCUGCUGGAACUACCUCCUCUUGCUCAGAUACCGAAUGGCAAAAUCAAAUGCAAACAUUUGAUGAUCUGUAUGAUGCAACCGACGAGGAGUCAGAGAUGAGUGAUGAGUGCACUUCGAUCUCGAGUACUCGCCCAACAAGUCUGCUGACCCCAACGACAAGAAAUUCGAUUUCGCCGACGAGUCGUAAUCGCUAUCCCAGUCUUACGAUUCCCUCGUCAACAAUAUGGCCGUCUCUUCAGGGUGCCCCGAAAAGCUCACCAAUUCCCCCAACGCCGCCCCCUAAGAUCCCAGUCUCCCCGGCAGCUUUAUCAUUUCUUGGCCAUUCCGUGCCGGCCGUGCAUGCUCCUCCGUCGCUGGACGGCAGUGUGUCAUCGGAUCAAGUCUCCAAUAUUAGUGCUCCAGCUACUCCAGACGUCCAGUCACUUCCUGACAACGACUGGAAUCCGCAUGAAAUCCUUGUCCGGCCGGACCUCGAAGAUGAAGAAGAUGCCGACCUUCAAAAUCCAGAGACAAGCUCAGAUCUACAAAGUAUUGAAAUCGCAAUAGAGAAUACCGAAGAGGAUUGGCGACAGUUUCUCGGAAACUUCCCUCGAAUUCCUGGCCAAGCGAGAUCGCCACCCGUCGCUGACCCUGUGCGCGAAGAUACUCCCUCUGACACAGGCGUGUUUCUCCCUGAAGAUGCGUUGGCAAUGUUGAGACACAUUCCCCUGGAUGUGACCCCGGAUCCUUGGUCAGAGACUUCUGAAAGCAAUGAAGAGAUGUGGCAGAUCGAAACACCAGAGCGACCACGCAGUGCUGACGAUGCGACUCCCGCUUCAGACCUCUCUGGAUAUAGCUUCACUGAGAGGUUUUACGAUCUACCAUUCACCAGGACCGAAGGGGAAAUCGUUGAGCAGAUCAUUGAAUGUCCUGAGAGGUCAAUUGAUGAACAGCUAACAGCUGUUUACGAUCCAAGAGGACCCCCGACUGCGAUCAGGAUCCCUUCUGAGGACCCAGCGCCACAUUUAGAACAUGCAGAAAGUCCAGUUAGUGACGACGUCGAUGGUGUGCAUGAGAUUGCAAGACCAGGCAUGUACAAUCCGGAGGAGCGAGAUGAGAACUAUGAAGAUGAAUUGCAAAAGAAGGCAAUGGCAAGCCUAGACCGAACUAGCGUUUGGCUCGCAGCGCAGGCUUCGUAUCUUGCUGCCCUGUGUGAAACGAAUCCCGCCAAUACCCCAGUAAGCGAAAGAGAAGACUGUAUUGCAAUCGCGGAGAGUGUGACACAAGCCGUAGCACAAGUCGUGUCCCAAAAGUCCGUACGAUUUGACGAGACAGUUCCAGAAGCUCCCAGCUCCCAGCCUUCUGCCCUGGCAAGCAAGGACUCAAUCUAUUGGAGGGGGUUCCAGUCUAUUCGGCGACGUGCUAGAAACACAGACACUUUCAUGCACCGAACCAUGCGCUUCGACGCCGUGCAAUCUAUUCGGCUGGGUCUGCCCAAUACGCAUACAAAUUGUUUGUUGGGCAAUUACGAAAUAGUUCGUCCCGGACGGCCUCCUUACAGAGGUCCAUUCUCCCAAGCACCCCGCGAUUCAGUUGUGGGUUCCAUCUUGGAGGAAAAAGCGCAGUUUUCCAUGCUGGAGAAGGAGCAGUUAGUGCUUACCCAGAUUAGUGAGCCUAUGUGGGCCAUGGAGGCCCUUCGAUACCUCAAUGGUGGUCGUCUGAUUGCUAGUCCUGCUUUCAAACGACUUGCUAAGUCGAAGGCAGUCUCAACAGACCCUCAAAGAUCUGGUUCACGUCGCAUCAGAGUUCUGGAUCUCGGGGGUCAUGCUUCGUGUGAGUGGGCAUGGCAGAUCGCACACGACUACCCUAACGUCAAGGUUUACACCGUCUUCACCGAGCACCAGGCAUUUAACCGUGGCAUCAAAGGGCCCGCGAACCACCGUCAAAUUUCCGUGCAAAAUCUGUGGCAACUGCCAUUCUCUAACAAUAAGUUUGACGUGAUCUCUACCCGUUCACUGCCAGCCCUAUUGAAGAGCGAACGUAGCUCCGGUGACCAGCAAGACGAAUAUGAACUUUGCCUUCAAGAAUGCCGUCGCUGCCUCAAGCCAGGUGGAUACCUAGAAUUCUUCGUGAUGGAUGCACAGAUAUCGCACGGAGGGCCUUACGCAUCUGCCACCUCCGUUGAGUUCGCAUACAACCUCAAGACGCGAGGCUACGACCCAACCCCUACGAAGAGCUUCCUCGGGCGUCUGCAGAAAGGUGGUUUUGUAGGGGUCAAACGAGCUUGGAUGUUCUUGCCAAUGGGAAACGAGCCGGCAGUCUCCCCUGUUCCCAGGGAGACACCCGAGCCUAGAGUCAAGAGCCACAUCAGCGAAUGUGAAGCGGUUCAGGGCCCGGUCGGCAGCACAGCUGACGCUGCAAGUGUCACUGGCCUGUUUGGUGGGUGGAUUUGGGAACAAUGGCUUCUCAAGUUGCAAAUCGAGAUGGGUCGGGAGCAGGGGAGGUUACUAGAAGGAAUCGGAAGCGUUUUCGACGAGGGUCGCAAGAACGGAGCUGUCUUGCAAACACCACAACCCCGCGCUCAAUUACCCUCCCGCCGCAACCAUGCUCUUCUUCAGUACAGUUUCUUCAAGACCCUCACAAACCAAACCGUGAUUAUUGAGCUCAAAAACGACAUUCGUAUCCGCGGAACACUGAAAUCCGUCGACCAAUACCUCAACAUCAAGCUCGACGAUGUCGACGUCCUGGACCUGGACAAGUACCCUCACCUCUCGUCCGUGAAGAACAUGUUCAUCCGUGGUAGCGUGGUUCGCUACGUUGUCCUGCCCCGAUCGGAAGUGGAUGUCGGUUUGCUGGAGGAUGCCACAAGACGAGAGGCAGCCAACCAAGCCGGAAAAGCUCGGUGAUCGAAGUAACCCGAAGUACAAAGAGAGAAGAAAAUCCGAUCAUGCUAGUUUAAUCCCCUUACGAUGCGAUGUCGCUGCGUGCCCCCGGAACAAAAUAAUCUAUGUGAUGAUCGCCACGGAGAAAGCCUAGGAUAUGAAUACCGGUCUAGGUGGUGGCGGAAAUUGAAUAUUUUUUUGGUCUAUGAGAUGUCA